CUUACUCUCAGAAAAAUGUGUGACAGUGAGUGUACGAUAAAAGUGAAAGUCUGUAUAAGGGUGAGAGUGUAGCACUCAAGUACACAGAUAAUGACAAGACAUUGAUGAACAAGCUCACUAUAUAUGAUGGGGAGAGCGCGUACACGCGCCUCUGUGCACAUAACCAGUGUAGCAAAGUGACAUUGCCUCCUCAUCAAGCUACACCACCACACACACACACUUGUUACAACGUUGAACCACCACACACUUGUUACAACGUUGAACCACCACACACUUGUUACAACGUUGAACCACCACACACUGUUACAACGUUGAACCACCACACACUUGUUACCAAGUGAUCCACAAUAUAAACGUCAUGACAGUCAGUACUUGAAAACUCUCACGGUGGAAGUUAUAAGAGUGAAGUGAACUUUCAAGCUAGAGGCUCAACCAAGAAACUCGUUGUUGGUGUUAGUGGCACUUUGAAAGAUCUAAGUGCCAGCAGGAGCAAGUGUGAGGAAGCUAAGUGCCAGCAGGAGCAGGAGCAGAGGCACAACAUCACUAUGAUGAAGCGAGGAGGACCAGCCAAGACUCGUACUGUCUCCUUCAGCGAGGACCAGCAGAGUGAAUUUGAGAGCCGGGAUGAUGGCCACCAUGGUACUCAGUGUUACUACGAGGAUGAUGACGAUAAUGGUUCCAUCACGUCACUACCCGCUGAGCUGCCUCCUCCUCCUGACGGUGGCUGGGGAUGGAUGAUCGUCGUGGUCUCCUUCCUCUGUAACGCCAUCGUGGACGGCGUCGCCUACUCCUUCAGUCCCUUCCUGGAGACUAUCUGUGAGCAGUUCGAUGCUCCCAAAGGCACAGUGGCUUGGAUACCAUCCCUCCUGGCUGGCGUCUACCUUAGUGCUGGUCCCAUUGUGUCAGCCUUGACCAACAAAUUUGGAUGUCGCUGUGUGUGUUGUGUGGGAGGACUCCUCGCAUCUUUCGCAUUCUUUCUUACAAUAUUUGCAAAUUCCGUUGAAUAUUUAAUGGUUUUGCAAGGAAUCAUAGGAGGACUGGGGUUUGGUCUCAUCUACCUGCCAGCUGUGGUCUGUGUGGGCUACUACUUCGAGUCCAAGCGUGCCAUGGCUACAGGAAUUGCUGUCUGUGGCUCUGGUAUCGGCACUAUGAUCUUCCCCCCGCUCCUCACUUACUUUAUUUCAGUGUUCACCUGGAAAGGAGCAAAUUUGAUCAUUUCUGCCAUUAUUCUUAACUGUUGUUGCUUUGGUGCCCUUAUGAGACCUCUAGAAGUGCCAAGGAUGAAGAAGAAAGAUCUCUUGCAACGACUGGCAGAGGAGAAGCGGGCAUACAUGGAGGCUGGAUCAUUCUGUGGCUCCUCUUACAUCACCUAUACUCACCCUGAUGGUACUGUGGAGAGACAACCCAAGAGAGCCAUGAAUGCAGACCCUGGAGUACAUUCACAUCUUAAUCUGUCUGGCUACCUUACCCCUGUACCAACAUCUUUAGCACUGCCUACCAUUCAGGAAACACAGGGCAGCACUCCACCUGACCAAGACUCACCUCUGGCUGCAUCUGAGAAGGAAAGUACCCCAGCAUCUCCCACUGCUGCUAACCAUGAACACUUAGAUGGUGGAGAUGAAAAGCAAAGUUUGGUCAAAGGGACAGAGGGUACUACAGUUGUGGCACCAGUCAUAUCACCUCGAGUUCCUGUUCCAUCUGCUCCUAUAAAGAUGCCACGUAACUGUUCCCAACCUGUUAUGGCUCAUGGUGCUUCUGGCUUGAUUCCUAAAAAUGGAUCUGUCCCUAACUUUGAAAGGAGAUAUUCAAGAGUGGAGUAUGCUAGUCAUAUGAAGGUGGUUCCUGCUACUCCCAAAGCAUCAUCAACAAAUUUACGUGCUCUAGGCUCUCAAGAGAUGCGUCGUAUGUCUGGAGGUUAUGGCCGAGUAAAUUCUAACAACUCGUUUAUUGAUCCUGAGAGUGGAAUACGCCAGAGACGUUCUUCAGCAAAGUCCAUGAUGCUUCGACCAAUGUCUCGUCAGGAUAUCUUUUACUCGGGCAGUAUUGCUAAUUUACGGGAGUUCAAGUCACAGGCAUCAAUGUUAUCAUACCGUGAAUCUGCCCUCAACCUGCAGGGAACCGGUGCUUCCAGGGUUGUUCUUGAUGCUCUUGAUGAACCACUAGAUGAAAAAGGUAAAAAGCUGGACUGCCUUCCUGAAUCAUAAGGGAAACCCCUCUCUCAGUUGAUGGACUUUCUUGCUCAAGAACCCAUCUUCUCUUGAUUUGGCGUAGCUAAUCUCUUUGGUAUGCUGGGUUUUCUAUACCACACCUUCAUCUACUUGAGUGACCCUGACAUCAAAAAAGGCAUUGCUCCAGAGCAUGCGACAUUCUUGAUCUCCCUCAUUGGUAUCACCAACACAAUUGGGAGGAUCAUUACAGGAUGUAUUGCUGACUUGCCUAAUGUCAGUCCUCUCUGGAUCAACAACAUUUGCAUCAUCCUUUCGGGUGUGUGUGUCUUCUUAACACCCUUUGCCAGCUCUUAUGGAUCCUUCGUUGCACUCUCGUUGUUCUUUGGACUGUUUGUGUCUCCGUUCAUCGCCCUCACCUCCAUCAUCAUUGUGGACCUGCUGAGUCUCAGACAGCUCACCAAUGCCUUUGGUCUUCUGUGUAUCUUCCGUGGCGUGGCUGGGAUCUUGGGCCCACCAGUGUCAGCCGCGUACAUCUCCCUCUCAUCCAUCAUCUUGGUACAAAUUCUCGGACUGUCGCAGCUCACCAAUGCCUUCGGGCUGCUCAUCCUCUUCCGUGGAUCUGCUUCCAUGGUGGGCGCACCCAUCUCAGGAAGUAUCUAUGAUGCCACAAAAAGCUAUGAUGUCUCCUUUUACUGUGCUGGUGUGCUGCUCUUUGUGUGUGCAGCUCUCCAUUGCAUUGUCCCAUUAGUCCAGCGAUGCUAUCAGGAUGAUAUGCCGGUGCGGUACACAACAAAUGAAGAGUACUUAGCAGCUGUGCCAGAGGAGGAAGAGAGUGACUCAGCUGGUGUGUCUCCAGAUACAGGAGAAGGUGUAGGCAUUGUUCUCGACAUCAAACCUAAAGACUCUACAAUCAUACUCCAAGAGUCAGGCGAAAAUAAAAUUAGGCUCGAUGCCACUCAGAAUGAAAAAGAAAAGGAGAAUGUCUCAUCUCUGUGAGCUAAUACAGGUUCUUGAAAAGUGUAUAGUCCAAUUAAAUACACUUUGACAUUCAAGAAGUAAUAUUUUGUUCAUAGAAAUCUUAGUUAAUAUAAUCUCACUGAGAAGAGAAGACUACUCAGUGUGAGCAUUCUUAUACUCAAGUGUUGGUUUAGGGGGAAAAAAUAAAUGGUUGCAAUACGAGAUGAAACUGAAUUGAUUUGCUUUAUAUUUUAAAGGUCUAUUGCAAUUAAUAAAUGCUAGUCUUUCAUUGUGUACAGUUUCAAAAACUUAACAAGUUAUAAGUGCUUGCAGAAAACUUUGUAACUUUGAGGUACCUGCUGAAGAUAAGGAAAUUUAUGCAACUAUUGAAAUAAAAUGGAUGUAAGUAUUAUUUGGUUUUGACACUGGAAUAUAUUGUGAACUUUGGGUAUUGUAAGCCACAUAUGUUAACUAAGUUAUUACAUCCAGUAUGCAGAAUACAUAAUAGGUUUUUAUCACGGAUUCUCAAAGCUAGUUGUGGAAAUAUUUACACUAGUGAUUUUUUAUUUAUCAAAAAUUAUUGGGAAAACUAAGAAAAUUAGGCCUUGCUACAACCUAUUCAGUUUAUUGUAAAAACAUUCCUUAAAUAUAGUGUAAUUUAAAUGAAUAAUCUUUUGAAGAAACUCAACUGUGACUACCUGACCUUCCAAAUAUUUUUUUAUAUAUAUAUAUAUAUAUACUGUACUGUAUAUAGAUUUUUUAUCAUAUAUGAUUUCAUAUUAAAUUUGUAUUUUUCUUAUCAGCUUGAGUUCACUAAAAUGUAAUGCAAAAGACCCUCUUCAUGUAUGCUGUGAUGUAGUGCAAAGUACGUAAUUGAAAUCUUCAAAAUCAGUAUCCUUGCGGUAAAAUGAAAAUGAUGUAAAUGGUCAAACAUCCUCUAUACAUAUACCAUCAGUUUAGGAAAGUAAGAAUUGUUAGCACUAGUUUGCACACCACAUGGUGUGGUCAUUUGCACACUUAUAGACAUUGUGUGCAGCACAAUCUUAAACACUGUUAACGGUUACUGCACAAAACACAGAGAACACUUGAGGCACAAGAAGGAUAAUCAUCAUUGUGUCAUGCUCUAUGCAUUAACAGGUCAGAGGAGUGGGAUAUACCAUUUAGCCUGAAAAACCUAAACUCAUCUUGGGGGGGGGGGAAGGGGAGGCACUGUCUUCUCUUUGGUGAGAGAUAAAACAAGUUAAAACAUUUGCUUCAGCAUAUAUGAAAGUCAGGAUACUUUGGGAUUAAUUUUGAUGACCCCACUUAUGAUACCAAAGAAAAGUCUGAGCAUACCUAGUAGAUUUGUUUAGGACAUCACAAAUAGUUAGAACACCCAAGCAGAAUAAGUUAAAUUACAAAUAUAUAGCUUGACAAAGGGUAUGAAAUAUGCAUAGUAACCAUCCCUUUUAGUUUUCCAGCAGUGGUGAGUAUUAAAGUACAGUAUAUACAAAUUACCAGUAGCUACCAUAUUUUGUUUAUGUGUCAUGCUGCUCUGUUUUACAGAAAACACAAUUUUAUUGUGUCCAUAAUAAUAGUUACUCUAGUUCUGUGUAAUGUAUUACAUUAGUACUGUAUAUGUGUUAAGAGUUUAUGCAUAUAAUGGCCAACUUUUUUAUAAGGUAAAACCUUAUAUCAAGAUUUUAAACUUUAACACAAGAGGGGGGCUUCUUUCCAGGUAAUAUUUUAUUGAAAGUAAAGUAUGGUAUGAAUGUAAAGCAUUUUUCAGAUUUACAAAAAAAAUGAAUUAUUUUUUGUUACCAUACUAUGCAAUCCAUUGUAUGGUAGGAAAACAGUGAAAAAUAUUUAUGCACUUACUAUAAAUUAACUUAUUGAUUAUGCUUGCAAGGAAAAUUGCUAAUUUUGCAGUGCAUCAAGUUAGUCAUGCAGUAAUAUCACUUAGGCAUUACAUGAUCUAUUUAUUGGCAUAUCAGUUUGUUUACAGUACUGUGCACUAUAUGAACAUUUAUUGAACAAAAUCAAGUUAAGUUAGUUUUAUAAACUAAACUGCAAUAAUACCACAUUUUAAAUGAAUGUGCAGUACACAAUAUUUGACUAUCUGCUAAUUCAAUUUUAAAAACUUUUGUGUUAUUUUUGUUGCAGAACAUUAUAUUUAUGAGUAAUAAUAAAAAUGAAAAGUACA